GAAAAAGACACGGCGCUUGAAAACAAAUUUUUCCCUGGUUCAUGUUCGACAUGAUGGAUAAAGUUAACAAAGUUUUGUUCGUUGUUUCACCUUGUCCACACUGAAAUUUAUGUUUAGACGUUUGCUGACGUCAUGGAAUGCAAAAAAGCAACUUUGAGCGUCCCAUCUUACGGACAUGUUAUCACCAGCGAGAAGUGGAGAAACUCGUCGCUUAUUCAAGGCUUGAAAGGUGGAGGUGUGAAAAUCGUAUUCGAGACCGAGCUUGGCAUUGCUGACUUCCUCCUCCCGAAUAAGAGCUGCAUCCUCUACCUUUCCGAGUCUGACAUCAUUGCAGACACCGCCUACAAGCGGAAGCUAGUCCGCUACAGGAAUGCCUGCAGCAGCUUCCAGGAGCUGGUACUGGUGGAGAAAACCCGCCUGAGCCAGCAGUACUUCUCAGCCGUGCAGAAGUUUGUGGUGUUGGAACUCGGCCUGACGCUGCUGCCGAUCGGUGGGCAGACGGAGGCUUCGCAUCUUGUUCUUCAAAUGGUUCACACUGACGGAAAGGAAAACCCAUUCAGAAGGAAAAGCUCGUCUGGACUCUUGGACCCGCUGGUCUUGUCCACAGUGCAACAGGUUCCCGGGGUGGGCCGGGUCAAAGCUCUGGCCCUAUUGGAGCAUUUCCCCAGCAUCCAUCAGCUGUGCAACGCAACAGUCGCAGAACUGGAAGCCAUCGUGGGCCAGGCAUCCGCGCAAAGCAUUCACACUUUCUUCUACAAGUCUUCUGAAGUUGGAAGAUGAGAUCUAUCUCUUGGACCAAACGAGGACGCUUUGGUGGCAAACUGACCGUAAUGAAUUUUACGACGAACUGUCUUUGAGAUUGGUGUCCAAAUCUCAAAUAUUGCAUGUUCUAAUGCUUGGAAAAAAAUACAGUGCUUGGUUCUUGCUAGUUAAUAAAUUAAUAAGGAAGUUGGUUGCUUCUAGCAGUUUAUUGACACUCCAAUUAAGUACUGUUAAACUAAACUGCAAAAAAAAAAAUACAACACUACCUUUAGUUCUUACUGUAUAGAUUUGUGGGGAAAAAUGAGCCCCUCUAAAAAAAUCAAUACUAUAAGGAUUUAAUUUAACAUUACUCAAAAAUUGAUUGAGGAUAUUAAAUCUUGACCAAGUGACCACUUGAGCUAGUAUAGGGUCCU